AACAGCGGUGUAAAUUUUGGCAGUCAGCUUAUAUGGGGUUAGCCAACGCAAAAUACAGUUUGCGUUCUAUCCAUGUUGAUGGCGGGAACGAAUGUGACACAGUCAGAGUACAUACAUAUAUAGAAUACAGAGUCAUAUGUGGGCCAGGACAGCCGCCAGUUACAGUCCUGUGUGAGCAGAUGCUAUGAUGUCCUAUAUGGUCGUGCAGAUGUUCUAAUAUCCUGUGUGGACAGAUGCUAUGAUGUCCUGUGUUAGCAGAUGCUAUGAUGUCCUGCCAGGUUACACCAUGGAGAGCCUUAAACACAGUUAUGAGCAGCUUACACUGACAGCGAUAUUCAAACGGAAGCCAAUGUACCGCUCGAGAUUUCAACAAUAUGUACUUUGCUCUGACGAUGUAAACAUCACAAUGGGAAAGCGAUUGUGUACAACAAACGAUACAAGUUAUCAUACUGUCUUAAAACGUGCAUUUAAUAUCAGCGUUGUUGGGAACAUUCUCCUAGUAGUCUGUUUAUUGGUAGUCUUUGUCAUUCGACAGCACUUACGAAAUCAGGGCCAUGAAACAUUACCAACCCAAACAACUAGAACAGCGCAUCAAGUCAAAGCAGGACAAAUUUGUUUACCCUGUGCAUUCCAGGGACAGGCAACAGGCCACACUCUUUAUGAAUCCAGAUUGAAGACAGAAAACAACAUUACACUUUGUUGCUUGGAGCGCGAUGGAGAACUCCAUAACCUGAUACGAGAGUUAAAGGAUGAAAACAGAGGUAUUUUGAAUCCAGACCGACAACUCGUUGAACCUGAGAAACUGCGAUGGUGGCGAGAGAGGCAUCAUGCUGCUCAUGUGUACGCCAAUCCUUUUGCUGUUGGCCCAGAUUUAGUGUGGAGUGAGCCCGCCUGCAAAACAUCCGUUUUACGAAAUCUGUCAUUGACAGGAAACGGGAGACAAUUGACCGUUCCACAGUUUUCAGGCUCGGGACUGUACUUUGUGUAUUCCAUGUACACAUUCGACUUUAGCAACACAGAUGCCAACGAACCGGCGCCUCUAGGAGUCCAUACUAUCUACAAACACCGAUCAGCUGUAAUCAACGGAAACAAAGUUAAGCUAUGGACAGCAAAAGUCGGAGGUGUACCCACUGUGAAAAGACAAACGAGCUUCCUUUGUGGUGUUGUCCGUAUGAAUAUGCGGGACAAAAUAGAAUCUCAGGCUAUUUCAUAUGUUGGCAGAGAAAUCUACACCAGUAAGCAUAUCGACAAGUCACACUACUCCAACUUUUUUGGCAUGUUCAAACUUAUAGACUUCGUUUGACUUGUUUCCGUGCAUUGGUAUAUGACUUGUUUCCGUGCAUUGGUAUAUGACUUGUUUCCGUUUGAAUUAUAUUCGUGCUUGAAAGUGAAAAUGAAACCUUUGCAAUAAAUGAUUACAAAAAUAAA